AUGAGUAGAAAACCUAUUGCAUUUGGUAAAAUCACUCUCAAUUUCAAAAAAGAGUCCAAGGAUAAUGAGUCGACGGCCGGGUUUGGGACUUUCGGCCGUCCUAUACAGGAGCAUAAAGAAAUCGAAGAAUUAUCAGACGACCUUGAAAGUCAGCAUGUACAGGAAGUUAUGGGGAUAAAAAACUUCGGGAAAAAGGCAAAAAACUUCGACAUAGAGGAAAUGAUGGAACGCGCAAGGAAAACAGCACAAGAAGUUGCAAAAAAGAAGGAAGAAAUGGAAAAGAAGAAUGACGAUACUGAUGGCACUAUGUCGCCGACAUUGGUAUCAGUUGACAAUGACAUUAUCGGCCCUCCCGUGCCGUCUAGCCUCUCAGCCAAAGAGCCAGAUAAGGAAGAAACUAGUAAAACUAAGGGUAACAAUGAUGAGGAUAGUAUUGAUGAACUUAGUGAUUCAGAUGAUGAAGAAUUACCACUAGAAAAACGGAUACCAAACACACAUGAGGUUGAAAUGCAUCAUGGUUCAAAAGCUGUUGUAGCCUUAGCUGCAGACCCAUCAGGAGCCAGAUUAGCUACUGGUUCUAUCGACUAUGAUGUUUCCUUCUGGGAUUUUGCUGGAAUGGACUCAUCGAUGCGGUCCUUUAGAACCCUUCAGCCAUGUGAAAACCAUCCAAUCAGAGCUCUUCAAUACUCAGCAACUGGUGAUUCUAUCUUAGUAGUCAGCGGUUCUGCACAAGCCAAAGUAUUAGAUAGAGAUGGUUUUGAAGUACUUGAGUGUGUGAAAGGAGAUCAAUAUAUUACAGAUAUGGCAAGGACAAAAGGCCACACAGCUGCCCUUAACAGUGGAUGCUGGCAUCCCCACAUCCGAGAAGAAUUCAUGACCUGUUCCCAGGAUGGCACUCUCAGACUCUGGCUUACAGAAAACCCGAAGCAACAUAAAUCCGUCAUCAAACCACGGCAGCAGGGUGGAUUAAAAACAAAUCCCACAUCCUGCGCCUUCUCCAGAGAUGGCAACACAGUUGCUUGCGGUUGCUUUGAUGGUUCUAUCCAAAUGUGGGAUCAUCGAAAGAAUUUCGUCAAUACUACGAGGAUCUUGCGUGAUGCUCAUCAGAAACAAACGGAAAUAUCCAGCAUUGCCUUCUCCUAUCUAGGUUCAUACCUAGCCAGUAGAGGAAAUGAUGACACUCUUAAAUUGUGGGAUUUGAGAUCCUUUAAGAAACCCCUCAAUAUUUUUGGUGGUUUAUUCUCGAGGUAUGAACAAACAGACUGCAAUUUUAGCCCAGAUGACACAAUGGUCUUCACAGGAGAAUCAUUGCAACGGAACCAAGAUGUCGGCCGGCUAUUAUUCUACAAUACAAAAACAUUUGACAUGGUAACACAUAUAGAUGUGACUAAAUCACAUGUGAUUAAAGCAAUAUGGCAUCCCAAGUUGAAUCAAAUUUUUAUUGGUUGUGGAAAUGGAGUUGUCAAAUGCUACUAUGACAGCAAGAGAAGUUUGCGAGGCGCAAAGUUAUGUAUGGUCAAGACGCACAGGAAGAAGCAGUCUGUAGAAGUUGUUAGCACACAGCAGAUCAUAACACCCCAUGCAUUGCCACUUUUCAAACAAGAAAAGUUAAGAACUAACAAGAAAAAGAUGGAGAAAGAAAGAUUGGAUCCUAUCAAAUCUAGACGACCUGACUUGCCUAUAACAUCGGGACAGGGUGGUAGAGUGGCUGCAUCUGGAAGUACACUAAGUUCCUUUGUGAUCCGGAACUUGGGUUUAAGUAAAAGGGUCAACGAUGAGCAGGACCCUAGGGAGGCAAUUCUUAAGUAUGCAAAAGAAGCGGAGGAGAACCCAUUCUGGGUCACUCCAGCAUAUAAGAAUACCCAGCCAAAGACAAUAUUUGCUGCAGAAGAAGAUGGACCAUCUGAUGCUAAGAAGUCUAAGAGUGAAUAA